AUGAAGAAAGUUAAUCAUACUGUAAGUGACUUCAUUCUGGUGGGUUUUACCAAAGAUCCUAUAAUUCAGCUGGUUCUCUUUGUGGUAUUCCUUCUGAUGUAUUGUACAACUGUGUUGGGGAACAUCACUCUGAUUACAUUGAUCUGUACAGACUCCAGGCUCUACACAGCCAUGUAUUUCUUCAUUGGGAACCUGUCUUUUCUGGAUAUCUGGUAUUCUACAGUGUAUACCCCUAAAAUCAUGUUGACAUGUAUCUCUGAUGACAAGAGUAUCUCCUUUGCUGGUUGCCUAGCUCAGUUCUUCUUCUCAGCUGGGCUGGCAUAUAGUGAAUGUUAUCUGUUGGCUGCCAUGGCAUAUGACCGUUAUGUUGCCAUCUCUAAGCCACUGCUCUAUGCUCAGUCUAUGUCCCCAAGAUUAUCGUCAUAUCUGGUAGCAGCUUCUUAUACUGGAGGCUUCAUUAACUCCAUCAUCAUUACGAGUGAAACAUUCACCCUGAAUUUCUGUGGGGAUAAUGUCAUUGAUGACUUCUUCUGUGACCUUCCACCCCUUGUGAAGCUGGCUUGCGGUGUCAAGGACAGUUACCAGACUGUGCUCUAUUUUAUCCUUGCCUCCAAUGUUAUCACUCCUACUCUGCUCAUCCUGGCCUCCUACCUCUUCAUCAUUGCUGCCAUUUUGAGGAUUCAAUCUAACCAGGGCAGACUCAAAGCCUUCUCUACUUGUGGCUCCCAUCUGACAGCUGUGACCCUUUACUAUGGUUCAAUUCUCUUUAUUUAUUCCCGUCCUAGUUCUAGCUACUCUUUGGAAAGGGAUAAAAUGGUGUCUCUGUUCUACACUGUGGCGAUGCCCAUGUUAAAUCCAAUGAUCUAUAGCUUCAGGAAUAAAGAUGUUAAAGAUGCUUUGAAAAAAAUGCGAGAUCGAAUAAGAGUUUCCUAA